CUCUUGAGCCGAGGGUCUUUCGGAAACAGCCUCCCUAUCUUCCGAGGUAGGGGUAAGGUCUGCGUACACUUUACCCUCCCCAGACCCCACAUUAUGGGAUUUCACUGGGUAUGUUGUUAUUGUUGUUGUAGUUGUUCGAAGGCAAUGAGUGUGCCAUAAUUAUAGGAAUGUUCCUAGUUGUGAAAUGUGUUGAUGAUGGCUCGAUUUCCUUUUGAGCUUAAACAUUAAAUUUGAUGUAUGCUAUUUAAGUUGUGGGAUAACAGAAUAUUUGAAGUCAGUGGGUGCGGAAUAUCACUCUAAUCAUUUAUUCUUUGAAAGUAUAUGAUUUUGUAUUAAUUUGGACUUAGUAUAAAUAUAUAUGUGGGAUAGGUAGAGAUUGAGCUUAUAGGUGGAUAGUGUUCUCUUUGCAUUUCAAAAAAAGAUGGUAUUUUUACAUCUUGAACCUGGGAAUUUUAGGUCAACAAAGUUGUGGUUAAGACUUGUCAUAGCUUAUUAUAAGUAUACAUUUGGAAUGGCCUUUGGAAAUUAUAUAGUUGAGUCGAAGACAACGAGUGAGCCAUAUUUAUACAAUGCUCCUAGUUGUGAGGUGUUGGUGAUGGCUCGAUUUUCGUUUGAUUAUUGUUAAAACAUUAAAUUUGAUGUUGUCACUUAAGCAGGUUCUACAUUGAGAAUGAAAUGGACCCCAAUAAAGUGAAAUAUAGAGGAUUUAUAUAGUCGACUCCAACUAGAUUGGGAUUGAGGCGUAGUUGGUUGAUUGAUUGAUAUCUCUCUGAGAUUAAUCUUCUGUUUUUUUUUGGGAUUUGGCUCAAUGUUAAGUGUAUUCUUCUUAAUAUUUAAUGAGUUGCUAUGCAAUUCAAUGUCUUUCACUUGUUGAAAGCUCGUGUCUUUUGAGGUCUGACUAGUCUUGUUUCAAUUCUAGCAAUGAAAAUCUUAUCUCUAUGUGUCCUUUUCUGUUGGCACGGAUAAUAUAUGUGUGUCCUUUUCUGUUGGCACGGAUAAUAUAUGCCAGUGCUACAUUAAAGUUCUUUGCUGAUUCCUUGUGACUCGAAACACAUUAACUUUCCCUCUCAUAUUGUGACUCGAUACAGAUUAACUUUCUUUACUUAACUGGCCAAUGAGCCUAAGUGUGCUCACCUUUAGUGGCUCAAAUUUCACAGGUUCCACCUUAAUUUGCAACGACGUACAAAUGAAGUUUUCAUCUUUCAUAGGUUGAAUACAACAUAGGCAUGUUUUGUUUUGGGGAAACAAGGCAUAGUUCUAUGUCCCUAGUCGGCCUAGUGGAGGAAAAUGGUCCAGAGGGGGAUAUUGAGUAGAAUAGUAAUCUUAGAAAUGCAGUAUGUUAAAUGGUUAUUAUCUUCAAUAUGGUCAGGCUAAUUAUAUCAAUUUUGUGGCCAUUUUCAAAAAGGAAGCUUAAAACAGUAUUAUAACUAUUCAUGUUUUGCCUGCAAGAUAACCACACAAGAAAUUUUCUUUUAGCAUUUAUAAUUGAUUGAAUUCAUUUUCACCACCACUUCCUCUCUGCAAGUGGCCUCUUUUUUAUUUAUGAGUCAAGCGGAAAAUAGCUUUGAGGUGUGACAUCUUAUGAUCUCGUGACUUUAUUGACUGGUUUACUGGAAGUAGCGCUUUCUGUAGUUUAUUAAAAUAUUUUUUAGAACAACUUAUUCAUUUGUGUAUGUACAUUAGAGGGUGAAACAAUGAGGCACUCUCUUGAGGUACGAGUUGUUUGAGGGAGUUAAUCAUAUAUAAAUUAUUAAAGAUGUGCUCGAAAUCUUACUUCAUAUUGCUGCCUACAGAGUUGUUGUCAGACGUUUGUUUUGGCUGGUUCACUAAGUUCAAUUUGCAGAAACUUAAUCUGAAAUCAGAGAGGAAUAGAGGGAAAGGAUAAAAAGGUAAUGGCUAAACCUCCACAACCACUUCAAAAUGGGAAGGAGGAGAUGAAAGAGAUUGAUACUGCGACCGCCAACAACGUCAAUGAGAGUAGCAAAAAGAAGGCAACGAGAAAGUUGCCAAGCCCGAAAGAGCUAGUAUCACACUAUGAAUCACAAGGCAUGGACUCCCUAGAAGCUUCCUUUAAGGUUAUUGACGAUCUCCAGGGUGCUCUCUUCAGGGUGAUCAGCUCUUCUCGAAUUGACAAGAAUCGUAAUAAUAAUAGGAAUAUGUCAUCUGAUACCUCCAGAAAACUUGACGUUAUCAAUGCUCGCCUGCUUAGUCUUGAUAUGAAAGUUGACUCCAAGCCAGGCUACCCUCAAACACUUGCUAUUGGGGUGGCUGCUGGUGCUUUUCUUCAAGUGCUCCCUCGUGUUGCAGAUUCGGUUGGCCAAAUUUGGAAUACUGUUAGAAGUGCUACUAACUCAAAACAGUGAUAGGUCAUAAAUCUUGUUGGUUAGCAUGUUUGCUUGUAGUCAUGGUUCUUUUACUUUUGAAGUAGAGUUUUGUUGAACUUAUGAUAUGCCAAAAAACAGAAAAUUGUUAGUGUCAUGAAUCUUUAGCAUGUAUCACAUUUUUUGGCUGUUAAUGCCAACUACUAGUUCCAUUCUCAUUCUA